AUGGAGAUGCUGAUUGAGGAGCUAGGGAAUGAUCCUGCUGAUGCGCUUGAGGAGGUGGAGAGGACCCGCGGGGCGCACGUGAGGUUUCGCACCUUGCAACAGAUAUAUGAUAUGAAACUUCUUGCGGCACAUCAGGCUGCUAGUGAUGAGGCAGAGGUGGAUAUACACAGAGAGCGGGUGCUGAGAUGUUAUUUACUAUAUUUUGUAGGCACUCAGCUCUUUGUGGACACGAGCUCGACGUACACAAACGUUGUUUACCUGACGUACUUAUCGGGCAUCACACGUGUCCAUGAGUACAAUUUGGGAGCGGCUACACUAGCACACACCUACCACAGACUCAGAGAGGGAUGCAUGUGGAAAACAAUGAUUGUGGUUGGCAGCUGUACCCUCUUAGUGGGUUGGAUACUACAACACUACCCUAACAUUAUUGGUUGGGGAGAGGUGUCGGGUUACACUAAGGACAUGCCGCGUGCCAGAGCCUUCGCCCCCUCAGAGGGAACCAGAUGGUUAGAUGCCAGUUCGACCAUCAUUGUUCGUUAUCUUCCGGAGCGCGUCAUGUGUUAG